AUGGCUUGCACGGCUGCCCUGACGCGCCGUCCGGCCCUCAACCUCCUGUUCUGCCCCGAAUUCCAGUCACAGACCACUCGACGAUGGCAGUCAUCCUACCGUCGAACCAAGAAACGGCUACGGAUAAAGCCUGAUGCGUCCUUCUCUCCGUCCAGCUCGACCGAAUCACACAUAAUCCACAACCCGCCAUCGAGUGCACCGUCCGUCUACCUCACACCGACCAAGUUUCUGCCUGCAGACGACGUACGGCGGACACUGAGGGGGAACGCGGAGACGACGGCAGAUGUCAACGAGCUGCCGUCACUGCUACAGUCGGAGAAGACGAAGAAGUACCUGACCAAGGAGGAGAUUGAGGACAUGCGUGCGCUGCGGGAGAGUGACCCCAUGCUCUGGAGCAGGAACAAGCUGGCCGAGCGGUUUGGAUGCAGCACCCUGUUCGUGGGCAUGGCGUGCGAGGCCGCCCAGGGGAAGAAGGCCAUCCAGAAACAGAUCCUGACGGCCGUACAGUCACGGUGGGGAGUUAAGCGGACGAUGGCACGGGAGGACAGACAGCUACGCAAGGAGCUCUGGGGGAGAGACAAGUAA